AAAGUCACGUGAUGCAGAGUGGAACCAAAAUGGCCGCUGUUGUAUUUUGACGUAUAUAAGCUAGCUACUUUUCUUUUUGUUUGAUUCUUGGUAUAACAAGGAAAACUACCAAACGGGAGACGGUUUGGAGGAUCUGUAUCUUGCCAUUAUUCAUACAUCGGUGUCCUAGUUUUUAUCUUAAGGACAAUCAAGACUGACCGUUAUUCGUUCAACGUGUUAAACUAUGCAUAUUCUGGCUGACACACAGAAGCAACUGAAAGUGAAAUAGCUAGCUUUAGCUGCGGUGAUGGAGGAGUUAAGCGCAGAUGAGAUUCGCAGAAGGCGACUGGCACGACUGGCGGGAGGACAGACAUCGCAGCCCAGCACCCCUCUUAGCACACCCCUAACAUCCCCUCAGAGAGAGACUCCCCCUGGACCCCUCCCAGGACCCUCAGGUGUUGCACCCCAACCUGUACCAUUAGCUGCCUCUCAAUCAUUGGGGCUCAAUGUCCACAGUGGCACUCCUGCCACUUCCCCCAUGGGCACCUCUGGGGUGGCAUAUGGCAGUCAGAGCAGCGAAGGUGUGAGCUCCCUCUCCAGCUCCCCCUCAAACAGCCUCGAGACGCAAUCCCAGAAUUUGUCCCGAUCACAGAGCAUGGACAUUGACCCUGCCUCCUGUGAAAAGAGCAUGUCCCAGGUGGAUGUAGACUCAGGGAUCGAGAACAUGGAGGUGGACGACAGUGACCGCAGGGAGAAGAGGAACUUAACUGAAAAGGAAAUGUCUGCUAACUCCGACAUCUCCGAGGAACAGGCUUUGCAGCUUAUUUGUAAGAUCCUUCGCGUUUCGUGGAAGGAGCAGGAUAGAGACGUCAUCUUUCUCCCUUUGCUGGCUGCAGAGUUUCAACGGAACCCUAAAGAUGUGUACUCUGACUUCAAAGACCUCAUCAGCCAGAUUCUGGUUGAAGUCCUAAUGAUGUCAUCCCAGUCAAAUGUCCACAACCCGUUCGCCAGCUUGACCGCCACCUCGCAGCCAAUAGCCACAGCGAAAUCCCCCGACCAUCGUCUGACACUGGUGCAGCUCUCGAGCCAAGGUGGCAGCCCGAUGGGCCCCAGCGCGGGGUCUUUUGGAGCCAGCUCUCUGUCCAGCCUAUAUGGGUGUGGUAGUCCUCAUCCAGUGGCUUUGGAUGCAGCCAGCAGGACUUGCCCAUCUCUCUCCACCCCCGCUUCAUCCACUGUGCCUUCAACACCGUGUCCUCCACAGUUCAUUGUUCCCCCCAGCCCCCCCACUACUGUUACUCCCAGACACUCCCUCAAUCCCCCAUCUGCUCCCGUGCCCAUCUCCCAGCGGUAUCGACCCUACUCUGUCACCACAUCCUGGGGAGCUUCUUCCCCUAUGAGCCCAGGUCAGAGAGGAUUUAGUUUCCCUGGACCUUCACCCAGCCCAGCUGGGCCCUCUGUUCCUCCCAACACCCCAGUUCCUGCUGCACCACUCAGCCCCCAGUCUCUCUCCAUGAGCUCACUAAGAGCUCCCUUCUAUCCUGCUUCCACAACCACUUCUGUGGUUCCAUCUUCUCCCAGAAUGAAUGCUCGACCGGCUGCCUUUGGUACCAGGAUUCCACCCUCUAGCCCCUUGUCGUUCCUGUUUUUUGCCCUUUCUGACAUGUCUCAAGACAGCAGUGAUGAAGAUUCUGAGGAGGAGGAGGAUUUUUCACAGGUUCAGUUUGGUUCCAGUCUGGGUGCAUGUGGAGGGGGGAUGUCGAGCGAUUCAGCCAGCGACCGCUUCACCAUCGAAGCGUGCAAAGAGACGGAGAUGCUGAACUACCUCAUUGAGCGUUUUGACAGCGUUGGCAUGGAGGAGAGGAAAGCUCCCAAGAUGUGUAGCCAACCAAAUGUCAGCCAGCUUCUCAGUAACAUCCGCUCCCAGUGCAUCUCCCAUGUUGCCCUGGUCCUGCAGGGGGCCCUGACCCAGCCACGGAGCUCCCUCCAGCCGUCUCUCCUGGUACCUUACAUGCUGUGUCGGAACCUCCCUUAUGGCUUUAUACAGGAGCUGGUGCGCAUUACCCAUCAGGAGGGAGAGGUGUUCAGGCAGAUCUUCAUUCCCAUCCUCCACGGGCUUGCACUUGCUGUGAAAGAAUGUUCAUUUGAUAGUGACAACUUUAAAUUUCCCCUCAUGGCAUUAGCUGAGCUUUGUGAAAUAAAGUUUGGGAAGACUCAUCCUAUGUGCAGCUUGGUUACAUCUCUUCCUCUGUGGUGUCCCAAACCUCUGAGUCCUGGUUGUGGCAGAGAGAUCCAGAGACUGUCCUAUCUUGGAGCAUUCUUUAGUCUUUCUGUAUUUGCUGAAGAUGAUACCAAAGUAGGAGAUAAGUAUUUCUCUGGCCCAGCCAUCACCAUGGAGAACACACGAGUCGUCAGCCAGUCUUUGCAGCACUAUCUGGAGUCAGCCAGGGGUGACUUGUUCAAAGUUCUCCAUAACAUCCUGCUGAAUGGAGAAACACGGGAGUUGGCUCUUAACUACAUGGCAGCUCUAGUCAACUACAAUGUGAAAAAAGCUCAGAUGCAGACAGAUGACAAGUUGGUGUCGACAGAUGGCUUCAUGCUCAGCUUCUUAUGGGUGCUGCAACAGCUGAGCAUGAAGAUCAAGCUGGAGACGGUGGAUCCUUUCUACAUUUUCCAUCCACGAUGUCGCCUCACUGUCAAUCCAGAAGAAACUCGCCUGAAAGCCACCAUGGAGGAGCUCAAGAGCUGGCUAACAGAGCUGCAUGAAGAUCCCUCCAAGUUCUCCGAGCCCAAGUUCCCCACCGAGUGUUUCUUCUUGACACUUCACACACACCACUUGUCCAUCCUGCCAUGCUGCCGGCGCUACAUCCGCAGAUUGCGUGCCAUUCGUGAACUUAACAGGACUGUAGAGGAGCUCAAAAACAGUGAGAACCAAUGGAAAGAUUCUCCCCUGGCUAGUCGGCAUAGAGAAAUGCUCAAGCGAUGCAAAACCCAGCUCAAGAAACUAGUGCGAGCCAAAGCUUGUGCUGACGUGGGCCUUCUGGAUGAGAACCUGCUCCGCAGAUGUUUGCAGUUUUACAGCACAGUCAUCCAGCUCAUUCUUCGCAUGGUGGACCCUGCCUACCCCAAUAUUACGCUGCCACUGAAUCCUGAGAUUCCCAAAAGCUUCGCUGCUCUGCCGGAGUUUUACGUUGAAGAUGUGGCGGAGUUUCUGCUAUUUGCUGUGCAGUACUCUCCACAGGUUUUAUAUGAGCCCUGUGUCCAGGAUGUUGUCACCUUCUUGGUGGUGUUCAUCUGCAGUGAGAACUACAUCAGGAACCCCUACCUUAUCGCCAAGUUGGUGGAGGUGUUGUUUGUCACCAACCCUGCUGUACAACCUCGUACUCAGAGAUUCUCUGAAAUGAUGGAGAACCACCCGUUGUCCAUCAAACAUCUGGUCCCUGCUCUCAUGAAGUUUUAUACAGAUGUGGAGCACACCGGUGCCACCAGUGAGUUCUAUGACAAGUUCACCAUACGGUACCAUAUCAGUACGAUCUUCAAGAGUCUUUGGCAGAAUAUUGCCCAUCAUGGCACCUUCACGGAGGAGUUCAACUCUGGCAAGCAGUUUGUGCGCUACAUCAACAUGCUGAUCAAUGACACCACCUUCCUGCUAGAUGAGAGCCUCGAGUCCCUGAAGCGUAUUCACGAAGUUCAAGAAGAGAUGAAGAACAAGGAGCACUGGGAGCAGCUGCCCAGGGAGCAGCAGCAGAGCCGACAGUCCCAGCUGACUCAGGAUGAGCGAGUUUCUCGUUCCUAUCUGGCCCUCGCUACAGAAACGGUGGAAAUGUUCCACAUUCUCACCAAACAAGUUCAGAAGCCUUUCCUCAGGCCUGAGCUGGGGCCUCGUUUAGCUGCCAUGCUGAACUUUAACCUGCAGCAGCUCUGUGGGCCUAAGUGUCGGGACCUGAAAGUGGAGAACCCGGAGAAGUACGGCUUUGAGCCCAAGAAGCUCCUGGACCAGCUGACUGACAUCUACCUUCAGCUAGACUGUGCCCGCUUUGCAAAAGCGAUUGCAGAUGAUCAGCGAUCAUACAGCCGUGAACUUUUUGAGGAGGUGAUCUCUAAGAUGAAGAAGGCUGGUAUUAAGUCCUCUAUUGCCAUUGAGAAAUUCAAGCUGCUAUCAGAGAAGGUGGAAGAAAUAGUCGCUAAGAACUCCCAGUCUGAAAUGGACUACAGCGACGCACCUGAUGAGUUCAAAGACCCUUUGAUGGACACACUGAUGACUGACCCUGUCAUGCUGCCUUCGGGGAACAUUAUGGACAGAUCCAUUAUAUUGCGCCACCUGCUCAACUCCCCCACUGACCCCUUCAACAGGCAGCCGCUCACAGAGAGCAUGCUGGAGCCAGUACCUGAACUGAAGGAGAGAAUCCACGCCUGGAUGAGAGAUAAGCAGGGUGGACGGCCGAUCUGAGGACCAUGUCGCUGGCGUCUGUCCCGCUUAUCAUCAUGAAGGGAUCUGUCCAAAUCGCCUGAGUUCAGUAUCACUGCUAUCAACGAGAACAGCUUUGGAAUUGGGGGAAUUAAAGGAGAUCUGAUUGGGUUUUUAUUUGCAUUUACCCUUUUUUGUCUCCAACCAUUGUCAUGGUUCUAAACGCAAAACAUAAUAAAGUUAAGACUUUUAAGUUU